UUUUCAGUCUCCCUCGGGAAAUUCGCGAUGAGAUCUACUCAGGCUAUACGGUGUACGGAUUUAAAUCUACUUAAACGACAACACAAUCAUUUAUGCCCAAAACGACACAAUGACAACAACAGCGGCGGAGAGCAUAUAUAAUAACGCUAUGCAGUGGGCUGCCACCCAAGGGAUUGGAUUGGGCGGCGUCGCGCCGACCGAAAUCCCUGGUCGUGGUCUGGGGAUGGUAGCCACAAGAGCGAUCGAAGAAGGUGAAGCACUUGUUAGUGUCCCUUCUUCGAUAAUGCUUACCAUUGACUGCAUUCCCAAGACGUUCAUUGAGUCAUUCCCCGAGAGGACGUCUACCCAUGGGAUUCUUGCGGCAUUUCUUUUACAUGGGGACACCAUCUUACUAGCCAAAUGGAAAUGUUGGACUGACUCCUGGCCUGAUCUUCAGAGCUUCAAACGCUGCAUGCCCAUUUCAUGGGAAAAGGAGCUGGACUCAAAUCUUGUUGAUCGGGGGAAGUUGGAAACAAGCCAUUGCCUACUGCCUCCUGCUGCUUCCGGGUCCUGGAACAGCAUCAAUAACUCCACAAGGACGAGCUCUGAAAAUAUCUACCAGAAUAUUCUUCCAAAGCAGAAGCGAAGAAUGCAUUCCGCGUGGCAAUGCGUUCUACAGGCUUUCCCAGGCACAGACUGGGACAUGUUCAGCUACUAUUGGUUCAUUAUUAACACGAGGAGCUUCUACUAUGUGACGCCAGGGGAGCAAGAACCAGAGGACUGGAAUGAUGCGGUUGGCCUAGUCCCUAUCGCCGAUUACUUCAACCAUGCGGGUAACGAGGUCGGUUACCAGACGGACCUUAGGGAUAUCACAUUCCGGUUUACUGACAUGGGUGACAUACAGUCAUGCAUGGCUACGUUUGAUAAGGAAAGUUAUACUAUCAAUGCAACCAGGCGUAUCGAGGAAGGAGAAGAAGUUUAUAUCAGUUAUGGUUCACAUCCCAAUGACUAUCUUCUCGUUGAGUAUGGUUUUAUCCCUGACCACAACCCGUAUGAUGCCAUAUUUCUGGAUGACUUAGUUUUCGAGCACUUUACAGAAUAUGAGUUAGAAGAGCUGAAAAUGCAUGAUCUAUAUGGCAAUUAUAAAAUCACGCAGAAUGGCCCAUGCUCACGGACUCAAGAUGUGGCAUGUAUGGUAUGCAUGAGGCCCAAAAAGUGGCAGGAAUACGCCCUUCAUCGUUCCAACGAUACCACUCGCCGCAAAUUGAUGACCGAUACAAUCAACAACUGGAUUAGCAUGUACCUCCAGGUGUGUACUUUACGUAUUCGUGCAUUGCAGAGUACGGCUGCGAACUCCCCGUCGGUCGGCUUGGAUGAGAAGAAUGGACCUGACAAUCUGAAACUAUGGACAUUGUUGAAGAGGUGGAUUCAGAUGAGAGAUAUCUGCGAGACUACGUUGAAUCGUCCUACCGAGCCGAUUGGUGGCAACAAUUCUCGAUCAAUGUAAUGCCAUUGCUGUGUGUGGAUACAUUUGUUUUCACCAAGUUCACUUAGCAAUAAACAGAGCUAUGACCAUAGGAGCAACAAUUACAUAGUAAUUGGCGGCUACGGGCUGAGGCUAUAGGAGAACAAGGUAGUCGUGAUUGUCAAUACGGGAAC